CCAUUCAGUCCAGUCCAUACACACGUAGGCUACUGUACACUGCUGUCAGGGGGCUCCACAGACAUGGAUGCUCAUUUCCCUGUACUGAACAUGGGAGAGCCCUGUGUUCAGAUCUUUGAACAACCCAAACAAAGAGGCAUGCGCUUCAGGUAUAAGUGUGAAGGCCGAUCAGCAGGGAGCAUACCCGGAGAAAGAAGUUCCGACAAUAAUAGGACUUAUCCAAGCAUCCAGAUUCUGAACACCUGUGGAAGAGGGAAAGUGCGUGUAUCACUGGUGACCAAAAAUGAGCCAUACAGGCCACACCCACAUGACCUGGUGGGAAAAGACUGCAAGGAUGGAUAUUACGAGGCAGAAUUUGGCCCUGAACGCAGAGUUAUUGCGUUCCAGAACCUAGGCAUCCAGUGUGUAAGGAGAAGAGAAGUCAGGGAUGCCAUUUUGCAGAGAGUGACCCGAGGUCUCAACCCAUUCACUGUUCCUCGGGAGCAACUCUUGCAGACGGAAGAAUACGACUUGAACGUGGUGCGUCUAUGUUUCCAGGUCUUUUUACAAGAUUCAACUGGAUGCUACAGCAUUGCGCUGACACCGAUCAUCUCCAAUCCUAUCUAUGACAACCGUGCCCCAAACACCGCCGAGCUACGCAUCUGCCGCGUCAACAAAAACAAUGGCAGUGUAAAGGGUGGCGAUGAGAUCUUCCUGCUCUGUGACAAAGUCCAAAAAGAUGAUAUAGAAGUGCGCUUCUUCACCCAGACGUGGGAGGCUAGAGGGUCCUUCUCCCAGGCAGAUGUGCACAGGCAGGUGGCUAUCGUUUUCCGUACGCCUGCCUACUGCGACACCUCCAUCACAUCUCCGGUCACUGUUCAGAUGCAGCUGCGGCGCCCCACUGACCAGGAAGUGAGCGAACCAAUGGAGUUUAGAUACUUGCCUGAUGACAAAGAUCCAUAUGGGUGUCGAGAAAAGAAGCGAAAAAUUGAGACUUUAAUGAAGUCCUUCCCCAGUUUCAUGCCUGGAAGGAUUAGCCCUGCGGUCAAAAAAGCACCAUCUCAAACACAUAUGAUGCACCAAAGAAUUAAAACCGAACUGAAUCCCUAUGGAAAGCCUGCUCCUCAUCAUGGUAUAAUGAGGCCAAAUCAACAAAUCAUGUACAACAACACCUACCAGCCUCAACCAAUGAUGCCAGCCCCUUCAGUAUCUCCAGCUCAAGUAUCAUUUAAUCAUGGUCAGUGGCCUAGUCCCAGCAGCAACCAUGGAACCAAUAAUCAAGUGGGUAUGUCACAGGUUAACCCACUUAACCCAGUUAACCCAGUUUCCUCCAUAAGCACCCCUGGGGAUGGCCCGAACAGCCUCCCCUUACUGAGUUCAAUUGAUCUGGAGAUUCUUGAACUUCAAGGUGCUUCUGCCACCCAGACUCAUCAGGAGCAGCUGGAGCAUUCACAACAGCCUCUGCACAGGAAAGAAACCGUGCCCACUAGUGAAAGCAUCUGGAAUAACUUUGCUCCCUCACAAGCAUCUGGAACACAAAAUGGGCCUGCAAACACAGGAGUGAUGGAUAUGAAUUACCCAUAUUCAAAUAGUCAGGAUAGAAAUGAACUUCUCCAUAGCCUAGUAGGUCCUCAGACAGCUCAUAAUUUAAAACAAGAGCCUCAAGGGCAAAGUACAUUGGCAAUGCUGGACCUUAACAAUUCCACCAUCUUUGACAGCACACCGUCUUACACCAUGCUUAACUAUCAACCGAACAACAGCAGCAAUCAGGAGACCAUAAUAAAUCCAUCCAGCAGCAGACCCAGUGGAUCAGGACAAAGGAACACACAGAACCCAUCCUACCCCCACACUGGCAUGGCCCCAGAAUCCUACUGGUCCUAUGGCCAAUAUGGUGGCGAAUAAAAUGUUUCUUUUUUAUUAAUUAUGGAUGAUAAUAAUAUAUGUAUGUUGUUUUUAGAGUGAGUAACUGAACCUAUAUUUUACAGUUUAGCUUUGCUUGGAUGUUGUCUGAAAUAAUCUUAAAUCUUUACAAUUUAGUUUAGUCACUGUUGAGGCAUUGAGUUUAUGGUUAUGGUGAAUGAUACUGUAGUAAGCAGUACAGGUAACCCCUGAGCAAUUGUUGCCAUAAAAAAUUACUCUAACAGUAAGCUUAUUGGAUGUUCAAAGCCAGUAUUGCGAACACCACUGUCAUAUUAAAAAGGCACCAACAAUUAAAUGUAAAUAGAUUUUGAUAAACAUAUUUUUGAGAAUCCUGGAAAACCUGUCCAAACUUUCUCAAUUGUGAGGAAGUCAAUCUGUUCUCUGGAACAUGCAGGGACCCUCAGACCCUGUGUAAUGGCUAUGUCAUAUUAAACACACAUUCUGUCUGAAGUUCUCAAAAUGCUGGCUUAAUCCUUCUCAAAAAUUAUUAAGGCUAAGUUAUGCCUUUAAAUGAUACAUAAUGAUAUGUUUUGUUUUUGUUUUUUGAACUAUUUACUGGAGAAAAUUAUAUAUGUUGAAUGUGGUGUAUGUGUGCUUGUUUCAGCUUCACAUUGGAAUCAAUAUGACUUUUUAUCUAAUGUAAUGUUUUGUAUUUUUAUACAAUAAAAUGAUUAAAUAUU